AUGUGGACCCUAGGAUCAUCCCCAGGAUCUCUACGCUUGCUCUCUCUAUGUGAAGAAGCAGCAGUGAGACCUGACCUGGUGCUGUGCAACAUCUUUCUGGACAACUGCCAACGACAGCUCUUAUGGCAGCGAGCCAUGUGGCUGUUGGAGGAAAUGCCAUCGAAGCUGAAUAUCCAACCGGAUGAGGUGUCCUACAACAGCGCUAUCAACGCCUUAGAACUCAGCAAGAAGUCGUGGCCUUUGGCGGUGCAGUUGCUCCAAAAGAUGCGGACGGCGUCGUCUCUGAAGCCCAGUAUCAUCAGCUACAAUUGCACCAUGGCGGCGACGGAGAAGAGCAGCAUGUGGGAGAGGACCCUGAGUUUGUGGGAAAGUUUGCAUGAAGACGGCCUCGUGCCCAGCAAGGCGGGGCCCAUUGAUGUCACUGGCGAUGUGGUCUUGCUGGGCAUCCAAGCAUCAGGCUACAUCAUCCUGGAAUGCCCUGAGCUCAACCUCCAAGUGCUUGGUGUUCGUGGAGACCAGGAAGCAGUGCUUCCAUCUGCAGCUGCGCGACUUUCGUCGUCUAAACCGGUGCGCCUUUCGUUGUGCCAUUUGGCAUGGCAAGAAAUGACCGGUAAAAGGCCCCAGUGA